CUUUCCGUGGGCACUCGGUCCCUAACGGAGGAGCGGCCGACGGCUCCUCGAUCAGACGCUUCCAUUAUGUGGUCGCUGAGGGUGUCCGGGGCUGCAGUCGGCGCAGGACGGUUACCGGGGCAGUGAGCGGGGUCCGGGCCCUGACCAGCCCCGGGAUUGCCGCCAGCAACGGCUCCGGCCUCGGCCUCUCCGCCGCCGGACAGCAGGCUCGCGGCUUCCAGGGUUUCAGCGACAGGGACGGCGGCGGCUCGUCUUAUUCCGGAGAAGAUGGGGUGGAAGGCGGCGCUGGAGAUGAAGGAGGAGGCGGAGACGCCAUAGCCCCCACCAUGACCGCUCUGUCCCCCAUGAUCGUCCCGGAUGUUUUUCCCAAUGUCCCUCUUAUCGCAGUGACCAGGAACCCGGUUUUCCCGCGGUUCAUUAAGAUCAUUGAGGUGAAGAAUAAAAAAUUAAUUGAACUCCUUAGACGAAAGGUGCGUCUGGCUCAGCCAUAUGCUGGCGUAUUUCUUAAGAAAGAUGACAACAAUGAGUCUGAAACUGUUGAAAGCCUGGAGGAGGUGCACCACACGGGAACCUUCAUUCAGAUCCAUGAGAUGCAGGAUCUCGGCGACAAACUGCGCAUGAUCGUAAUGGGCCACAGAAGGAUCCGCUUAAACCGGCAGCUAGAAGUGGAGCCCGAUGAGCCAUUGCCAGUUGAAUCAGAGGAGAACAAGCACAAAGCACGCAGGAAACUAAAGCGUGUCCAGAAACAGGAGGAAAAGGGAUCAGACACGGGAGUCUCGGAGUUGCAGAUGAGUGUGGAGACGAUCACAGGUCCAACAGGCGAAGUGCUGAUGGUGGAGGUGGAUAAUGUGGUUCACGAGGAAUUCCAGAUCACAGAGGAGGUGAAGGCACUUACAGCGGAAAUUGUCAAAACCAUCCGGGACAUCAUUGCUCUGAAUCCGCUCUACAGGGAGUCGGUGCUGCAGAUGAUGCAGGCGGGACAGAGGGUGGUGGACAAUCCCAUUUACUUGAGUGACAUGGGGGCAGCGCUGACUGGGGCAGAAUCGCACGAGCUGCAAGAUGUGCUGGAAGAAACCAAUAUUCCAAAGCGCCUGUACAAGGCCCUCUCUCUCCUGAAGAAAGAGUUUGAGCUCAGCAAACUGCAGCAGCGCCUGGGGCGAGAGGUAGAAGAGAAGAUUAAACAGACUCACCGCAAGUAUCUCCUCCAAGAGCAGCUGAAGAUCAUAAAGAAAGAGCUUGGUCUGGAGAAGGAAGACAAGGACGCCAUUGAGGAGAGGUUCCGGGAGCGGCUGAAAGAGCUGGUGGUCCCACAGCACGUUAUGGAGGUCAUUGAUGAGGAACUGAACAAGCUUGGCUUGCUCGACAAUCACUCCUCUGAGUUCAAUGUAACCCGCAAUUACCUGGACUGGCUGACAACAAUCCCCUGGGGCAGAUAUAGUAAGGAAAAUCUGGACUUGAGCCGAGCCGAGCAGGUGCUGGAGGAGGAUCACUACGGCAUGGAGGAGGUCAAGAAGCGCAUAUUGGAAUUUAUUGCCGUGAGCCAGCUCCGAGGCACGACCCAGGGUAAGAUCCUGUGCUUCUACGGCCCGCCAGGAGUCGGCAAAACCAGUAUUGCUCGCUCCAUAGCAAGAGCACUAAACCGAGAGUACUUCCGGUUCAGUGUGGGUGGAAUGACAGACGUGGCAGAAAUCAAGGGUCACAGGAGGACGUAUGUGGGAGCAAUGCCUGGGAAAAUAAUUCAGUGUCUGAAGAAAACAAAAACAGAGAACCCGCUGGUCCUGAUUGAUGAGAUCGAUAAGAUCGGGCGAGGGUAUCAAGGGGACCCCUCCUCCGCGCUGCUCGAGUUGCUCGACCCUGAGCAGAACUUCAACUUCCUGGACCACUACCUGGAUGUUCCUGUCGAUCUGUCAAAGGUGCUGUUUAUUUGCACUGCCAAUGUGACUGAUACUAUUCCAGAGCCUCUCCGGGAUCGAAUGGAAAUGAUCAGCAUUUCUGGCUAUGUGGCACAGGAGAAGCUUGCGAUUGCUGAGCGCUAUCUGGUUCCUCAAGCAAUGAAUUCUUGUGGUCUGGACAACGAAAGGGUUCAGAUCACAUCUGAAGCACUGAAUGUGCUGAUCAAACAGUACUGCAGGGAAAGUGGCGUUCGCAACCUACAAAAGCAGGUGGAAAAGGUGCUUCGGAAAUCUGCGUAUAAAAUUGUAAAUGGAGAGCAGAGCACAGUAAUAGCAACACCCGACAACCUGCAGGACUUUGUAGGAAAGCCCAUCUUCACAGUUGAGCGGAUGUAUGACGUGACUCCUCCAGGAGUUGUGAUGGGUUUGGCCUGGACAGCUAUGGGUGGUUCUACUCUCUUCAUUGAGACUUCUCUUCGGCGCCCAAGAACCCAGGAGGAUAAGGAAGGUUCUCUGGAGUUGACAGGGCAGCUCGGGGAUGUGAUGAAGGAAAGCGCGAAAAUUGCUUAUACAUUUUCCAAAGCAUUCCUCCACGAGAAGGAUACCAGCAACGACUUCCUGACCAGGUCUCACAUUCACCUCCACGUACCUGAGGGAGCCACGCAGAAGGAUGGUCCCAGUGCUGGCUGCACCAUCGUGACAGCUCUACUCUCACUCGCAAUGAACCGGCCCACACGCCAAAACCUCGCCAUGACCGGGGAGCUAUCGCUGAUAGGCAAGAUCCUACCUGUUGGUGGUAUUAAGGAGAAGACGAUCGCAGCAAAGCGAGCAGCAGUUACAUGUAUCAUUUUACCGAUGGAAAACAAGAAAGACUUUUAUGAUCUGCCAGACUUUAUUACAGAGGGUUUGGAGGUGCAUUUUGCUGAACAUUAUCGGGAUAUCUACCACAUUGUAUUUCCAAACCAAUGAAAUGUUCAGUGCAGAUUAGCGACCUCACCUGGGCCCAGCCACCCCGUGAGGUGCUGUAUGUGGAAGCAGACGAGACGUGGAGCUUGCCAGUCUUUCGGGAGCAGUGGUGGGAGGCACCAGACCCUGGAAUGAACGGGCCGUGUCCAGUCGCUGUGUGUAAUCAAUCCUGGCCCCGAACAGUCAUUAUUCAAAACUCCAUUUUGAUAAUGCAGUGUUGAUUUUUAAAAAAAUCUGAAAUAAACUAUCAGGAAGGUA